GGCGGCGGCGCGCACGGCGACGGCUUGGGCGCCAUGUUGGAAGGUUGCUGAGCCCGGCCGCCGGGGGUUUUGCCUCUCUCUCUCUCUCUGUGUCUCUCUCUUUUUGAGUGUGUGUUUCCUCUCUCUUUCCUUUCUCUUGGGAGUCAUUCGCCUCUCGGUCGUUCCCCUCUCUCUUUCUCGCUCUCGGAGUGGCUGAAGAAAUAUCUCCCCUGUUCUGCUUCUGGAGGCCUGUUCCUUGUGUGAGGGCCCGAGGGGCAGGAGGAGGAGGAGGAGGAGGAAGAGGUAGCUGCGGACCAUGGAUGUUGAGAGGCUGCAGGAAGCACUGAAAGAUUUUGAAAAAAGGGGGAAGAAGGAAGUGUGCCCAAUACUGGAUCAAUUUCUUUGUCAUGUUGCCAAGACUGGAGAGACAAUGAUUCAGUGGUCACAGUUCAAAGGCUAUUUCAUUUUCAAAUUGGAGAAAGUGAUGGAUGACUUCAGAACUUCUGCUCCUGAGCCAAGAGGCCCUCCUAACCCCAAUGUGGAGUAUAUUCCCUUUGAGGAGAUGAAAGAACGUAUUCUGAAAAUAGUCACUGGCUUUAAUGGUAUUCCCUUUACUAUUCAGCGACUUUGUGAACUGCUGACUGAUCCAAGGAGGAACUACACAGGAACAGACAAAUUUCUUAGAGGAGUUGAAAAGAACGUUAUGGUUGUCAGUUGCGUGUAUCCAUCUUCAGAGAAAAAUAAUUCCAACAGUUUAAACAGAAUGAAUGGUGUAAUGUUUCCUGGAAACUCACCAGGUUAUUCUGAGAGAUCCAAUAUUAAUGGCCCUGGAACUCCACGGCCCAUAAAUCGACCAAAAGUUUCUUUAUCGCCUCCUAUGACAACCAACGGUUUACCAGACAGUCCAGAAAAUAAGGAGUCAGGACUCUCUCAAGCAGAGGAAAAAAUUAGCAGCGAAUCUCCAGCAUCUGAACCUGAAAGAGUCCAAAGCAGCCCGGUAAAAAACAAACACUCUGAAGAAGAUCCAACAGAAAAUGAAGGACACGAGGUGAAAAGACUCAAAUUUGACAAAGAGGAGGAAGCUGAAGAAACGCCCGAUCAGAGUAGUAGUUCCAGUGAAACUUGUACAGCAAUGGUAGAAGAGACUGACACAACCUCCACAUCUCAGGGCAAAGAAAAAGAAAAUAUUUGUGAGAGGCAGCAUUGUAAAGAGGAAGAGGAGGAAGAAUCCCUCAUGACACCGAGAGAAACUGUUCCAGAGAGAAAAGAACAAGAGAAAGACAGUGAAUCCUUAACUGUGAAAGAAAAUCUUUCCGAGGAGAAUAAUCAGAUGGAGGAAUCUGACCAGACUCAAGCAGAGAAGGAUUUGCCUUCUGAAGAAAGUGAAAACAGUGGGUCUGUCAGCAGCAGAGCCAGCUGCAGCGACACAGAAGAAUUGGGCUCUUACGUCAGCGAAACCCCAGAAACGGCAUCGGAGACCCCCAUGGAAAACUGCGACGAAGCCACAGAAGCUCCAGAAGAACCUAUGGAACAAGACUAAUAAUUUAAAUAUACUUAGAGGCAGUAUUUUCCAUAAGGCUCUGGUUUUACACUGUAUAAAUAAUAAUUUUAUGUAAUAAAAGUGGACCUUUAGUUUUACAAGAAAAGCAGGCUGUAAAUUGAACUUCUCAGUACGUGAAAUCCUGAAGGAGUUGUCCUUGUUACUGUGAAAUACCGACACCUUCAGGUCCUGCUUGCCGCUGAAAUUUCACUAUGGUCAAAUCAGUGGUCUGUGUAUAGUCUUUUUUAUUUAGAAUUAAAAGUUUUUAAACUGGAAGGUAAUUAUAAUUUUGACAAACCUUUUGGAGAUUACCACGCUUAAUUAUUUCCUGCCUUCAUUUUCCCUGCUGCUAUUUGUAGCUUUUUUCUGGUUUUGGUUACAGUUUCAACAUUUAAUGUCUGAAUUACGAGGUUUCUUUUUGGUUUCCAGGUUUUCAAUAGACUGCAUUGUGAGCUUUGAAAAGGCACACUAUUGACAUACGAUACUUGAAAACAUGCAAAUCGAAAGAAAGCUUAUGCUUGCACUCUGAGACUUAAAGCUUUAUUAUUAUUUUUCCUAAUGGAAACAGCUGUAUUCAUUUACACAAGGCAACAUUUUCACCUCUGAAUAAACCAAAUAAAAUUUGGCCCGCAUCACAUCCUGAAGAUCCAAACCCUGUUGAAAGUACCAGAUUAAAUACAUUCCAAAAAAUCUGUUCUAACGACACGCUUUUGUACAUUUCUGAGGUGUCUGAAUGAAAAGUUUUUCAUGUUAUUCCUGAGAUAAUGUUUUUAUGGUGAGAACAGACUUCAAAACAAUAAUUUCAGCAUUUUUAAAAGAAAGAUAUGUUCACAUAUCUGACAGAAACAUUUCUCCGAACAGAUUCAAUGUUUGGCUUUGGAUCAUAGUUUCAGAGUCAGCAGAUGAGAUUGGCAUGAGACGCUGCUGCAUUACACACCAUAGUUAUGUACUUGGGUUGCAGGCUAGCAGUUGUAAGUGUGCAUAGGAACUACCAGUCUUUAUACAUCCUUUUGAAAAAUGAACUAACUACUUUUUGAACGCGCUCCUUUUGACAGCCAGUGUUAAUUCUUUUCCAAAACCAGCUCAAAGCACAACUGCUGCUGCUUUCAGUUCUUCACAUUCAUAUUUUUUCAGAUAUUGACAUGUAAAGAUGUCACGAUCCCAAUCACCUGGUCACAUUUCCUGGCUGCCAAAUUUAUACCUGUUUCUUCAGACUGUACCUUUUUGAUAUUUAGAAUUUUUAAAUUUCUGUAAAGUAGAUUUUUUUGUAGAUUGUAAAGAGUGCUCACUGCCAUUGUGAAACGGUAUAUAAUUGUAUAAUUCGUGUGUAAACUGGAUGCUUGGGCUUUCAAUACAGUAUUCAUAUAAAGCAAUAAAUAUUAAUGUUAUCAAA